UUUUAAUAAACGUUUAUCCCACUUCUACAGAUAUGUCUGCCCUGCUUGUCACUUGCCCCAUGAUUCAAGUAACUCCAUGAAACAUCACACGAAACACUGCGUGAAAGUGGUUUCUGGUUCAUAUGAAGCAGGAACCCUCAUGAAAUAUUCUCAUGACCCAACCACAUUCACAUGCAUACUUGAUGAUGGGAAUUGUGACGUGAAAUGUAAAAAACAGCAUGAGAUGUGCCAGCAUUUACUGAACACCCACGGCAUAACAAGUUUCCCCUGCAAAUACUGUCCCGCAGUAUUAAAAGACUCUGCCUCACUACAAAGCCACAAACUGCUGCAUCAAACUUAUAUUUGCUUAUACUGUGAUUAUUCAACUACCUCUAAGAAUAGAUUUGUAAAACAUUAUUUCCAGAAGCAUGGAACAGAUUUUAAGUGUUCUUUCUGCAAUAAGAAAUGUAAUUCGAAAUUUGAAUUAGACAGUCAUGAAACAUUGCACAUUCUACAGCCUAUUGAUAGCAACAGCAUUUGUUAUAAAUGUUUAUUAUGUUCUUAUGUUACACCACACCAGGAAGUUAGCCUGCUUAAGAAACACAUCAUGCGAAAGCACGUCGCUAAUGAGACAUUUCAAUGCACCAAGUGCUCAUAUACAUGUAAUGAGAAAAGUCAAUUAAAUUUACACAUGAGGAAGCAUAGUCAGGAGAAGCCUUACUUAUGCCAACUAUGUGGCUUCAUGUGCAAAUGGUCAAGUCAGAUGAAUUUACACCAGGCUUACCACACAGGUUUAAAGCUGCAUAAGUGCCCACACUGUCAAUAUAAAUCAUACAGAGCAGACACACUGAAGAUACACCUUAAACAUAAGCAUGGGUUUGCUCGAACCAAGUUAUGCGAUAAGUGUGGAUAUGCUGCUACUUGUGCAAGUGCAUUUAAAGUCCAUGUGGCCGGCCAUUCUAAACAACGACCAUAUACAUGCCAAUUUUGCCGAAAAACUUACAAAACAAGAGGUAACUUGCGUGCUCACCAGCGUAAAGCACACAAGGAGUUGGUUCGAAUAAAACUUCAAUCUCAAACAACCACCACCACUGAUAUAGUGCCUGCCAUGCUGCCUUGCCAUCAAAAUAAUUCAAUAAAUAGUGAACCUCUUGAUAUAAUUGGUGCUGAGGUGGACACUGAAUCUAUAGAUCAAGGUGAAGAUACAAGCAUAGAGGAAGUACAUAACCCUGAAGCAGUAACUACAUUACCAUCUCAUAUGAACCCAAUUUCAUGUUCUUUCUGUUCACACCAAGCCAAGUCAUUAAGUGCCUUGUAUAAACAUAUGUGUGGAAAUCAUAAGAAGCAAUCAUUUGAAUGCACGCAAUGUAAUGUUAAAAUGAAAUACUUAUCCCAGUUCCUUGUGCACAGGUUUAAACAUGAAAACAUCCGUUUGUUUCCAUGUGCAGUAGAACAAUGUGACUAUGUUGGACUCACUAAAAAGCAUUUACAAAUGCACUCUCGUAGACACAGUGAUGAUAUGAAAUACAAAUGUGAGCAAUGUAACUUCACAUGCAAGUGGUCUAACAUGCUUACAUUGCAUGAGUUGCAGAAACAUUUUAACAAAAAGAAGUAUGAAUGCAACUUAUGCGAAUAUAAAUCAUUCAGAAAGGAUCUCUUACAACAACAUACACUAAACAAACAUUCCAACCACCGACCCCAUACGUGCACUGUGUGUGGCAACUCAUUCAAACAUAGAGGAACUCUUCUUAUGCAUUACAACACUCAUAAGAACAAUAGGGAAUGGGUUUGUGAUCAAUGCGGGAAACGCUUCAAAACAAAGAGAGUGCUUGAAACUCACAGGAAGACACACACUGUAGGUUAUUUGUUUCGAUGCAAUUUCUGUAAAUUUCGAUCGAAUGAUAAAACACAAACCAUCAACCACCAUAAGAAACAUCUGCUAGCCUUCACCAGGUUGCCCUUCCAAUGUAAUACUUGUGAAUAUGCAGCAAAUACUAUGAAGAUACUUAAUGCUCAUAAAAAAAAGAAGCAUUCAACAUUGAAGGUACCCACCACACAAACGCAACAACAUACACCAACUCUUGCUGACCAUGAACAACCUAAACAACAAAUACAAGCUCAUGAUAACCAUCCAAAAUCAUAUGAAGACCCCUGGCCCCCCAACCCGCACUACAUACACCCUGUGUUCACACAGCUGGUAACAGUGACCCCUAACCUUACCCCACUGCAUUUGCCACCCUCCCAUUACCCCAAUUUGCCUCCAAAUCAAGAAUACGGGAGCAGAGGGCCGGUGAUGACAACAGUGCACGGGGUGCACACACCACUACCAAGUAGUACAUCUCUGUUACCUAGCAACACGAUAUUGCUGGCAGGCACUAGUCGUCACGAAAAUCAAACAAUUUCAAAUGAAUUUAAGACAAAAAAUAAUUUCUGACAUUUUAUUGUGACUUGAAUGCAUAAAACACAGGUUUUAUGGUCAGCUUCAAUACAAACAUUACAGCCCAAAUAUAUGACACAAAAAUAAGACUUUUUUUAUUUCUAACAUCACUGAAGGUAGUUUCAGUUUUUAAACCAAAACCUUGAAAAUAAAACAAUUGUGUCAUGUAUAUGGACUGUGUAUUGUUUCUAAUAAAACUAUUCGUAUUUAUUCAGAACAUUACUUUAUAUUACACAAUACACAAAUAAACCCAAUGAGAA